AUGAUGCUGCUGCACGCACGUCAGGAGUUUAGCGAGCUCAAGAGUGAUCCCAGCUGCGCGUUGCUCUACUGGAACCCGGAAACCUUGACCUACGUGACCUUUCAGGGGCGAGCAGAGGAAAAGUCGCCUUCAGAGGGAAACAACUUUUGGAGGGAAUGGAUGCAGAUUCUGUACAAGGAUCCAAAGCUGUACACUGCAUGGCAUUUGCAUGUCCCUUGGAUGCGUUGUGAGCCCAUGCGGCGCCUUGAAAGCUACCGCAAGGAUUGGCGUCCAGUGGAACUUGAAUGGGUCAAUGAUGGUUCCUGGAAG